GGGGCACCCCAUUGUUGUGUUUGGGUGGAGGGUUGGAGAUGUCACACUCACCUGUCUUCAAAACCUGAGAGCCCUGCAACAUAAUUAUUGUCAGUUGCAAAUUUUACCUUUAUAUGUGUAGGCGAUAUUUGUUUGGAGAGCCUUACAUUCCACAGCUCUCUUGAAAAAAGAUACUCUUUUCGCACUUUUAUGACGCUCCCUAACGAUUCAGCGUCGCGAGAUAAGGAACUCUGGGGUAUGUUGUGAAAGGGUUCAACGUUCCUGCGCUCUUGACCGGAAAUUCCUGAAUGUCUUAUUAUUUUAUUUAAAAUAUUUACUUUAAUUUAUAAUUAUUUACGUUUGUAUACAAAAUUAACUGUAGCGAGGCCACACCCCCAGAAUGGUACAGUCCGUUUCCAUAGUUACGGCUUAACGGUCAGCACGCGACUUUACAAAUGUUGCCUUUAGUUUAGUUUUUAAGUCUGAUUUAAUGAUGGGAGACUCUGAUAUAAGCAAAUAUGAUCUAGCGCGAUUGCAGGCUGAACUCGAACAGGAGAAAGAGAUCAAAGAGAUGCUGAAAGAAUCUGUUUGUGACCUGAGAGGCACCUUGGCUGAUUUAGAAGAGCGAGUGAACAGUGUGGACGGUGAAGGGAAUGAAUGGAGAACCAGAUAUGAGACCCAGCUGGAGCUUAACAGACAGCUGGAAAGACAAAUUGGAGUUGUACAGGAGCGGCUGGAGAGCCUACGUGGAAAUCCUAUGGAUCGACUGGCUUCAGUUCGUUCAUAUGAUGACAUGACAGUGGACACUUUGAGACACCAACUUAAACUUUUGAGCACCAAAAAGAGUAGCUUCCAAAGUCAACUUCUGGAAUCCCGCCUGAGAAUUGAACAAGAAGGAAAGGCAUACCAAAAGGCCUAUGAUGAGAGGCGAGCUUAUCUUUCAGAGAUUGCAAAGGUCUCCUCUGCUUUUGAUUGGACAAGAAAGCAGCAGUUGUCCCAAUCCCAAAAAACUGACCCUAGUCCAGCAAAAGGUGCUCCAGUGACGUUGAGGCAUGAUUUAAAGGGAAAGAGAACUGUAGCCAGUACAGUCACGCAGACUCGACUGGCGAGAUUAAAGCGCUGACCAGAGAUGUUCUGCACAAACACAAAAAAAUCAUGAAGGAAAUAUAUGUUUUUUCUUUUUUUC